CAGCCGGUAAAUCGAGGCAAAAAUAUUACUUCGAUGUAAGUUUUCUAAACAAGGAAUUUUUAAUAUAUGAAUUUGUAAAAUUUAUUUUAACAUUGAGUAAAGUGUGAGAUAAGCAACCGGAUCUAUUGAAUUUGAUUUUUGACACUGACCAAAAAUGCCGCGAACGAAAAAUGCUCGACGACCGAAAAAUGAACAGCCAUACAUGGAAGAGAGUGAUUUAUUAAUACAAGAUUAUAAACGAAAGGCCCAUUUGCGAAUUUUAAAAAUGGAAGAAGAAUCAAAAAUGGAAAUAAAACGUUUCGAAACUUUUGUUGAUGUUACUUUAUCACGACUUCCAACGGAAAUUAGAAACAUGACACUUGGGGAGUUACUCGACAUCGACAUUGACAAUAAAAAACAGAUUUGUAACGACGCUUUGUUAUCAGUUGACGACCGUUUGUUACCAUCAGUUUCGAAACUAAAAAAAGAGAAGAGAACCACGAAAAGGAUCACUGCUGUGUCUGAUGAUGGAUAUGUAACUGAAGAGAUAGUUACAACACAUGCAUCGAGAAUUCGAAAGGGUACUACACUAUCUACAACCAGAAGAACACGUAGCAGUUCAAGGAACAGUAAAAUGAAGCUUAGCGAAAUUAAUGAUAGUACUGUGAAGAAACCUAAAAAGGAAUAUGCUAAGAAAUCGAUGAAUGUUGAUAAAUUUAAAACCCCCGCGAAUCUGAAGUCUGAAAACAAUGCAUAUGAUCUUGUGACUCCAAAAGUCAAACCUAAUACACCAUUAAAUAUACUAAGACGUCCACGAGAAGGGGAAAUGGUUCUUAGCAUGCAAGGUAGUCCCUUAUUGGUUUCUACAGAGAUUCAGAAAAAUAUUGCCAAUAUUAAUGUGCCUCUAGGUAAUGGCAAUAUAAUAUCAUUGUUACCUGAACAUGGACUACGUAUGUCACAGAUUCCUGCAUUAGAUUCUGAAACCAUGCAACAACUAAAGACUCUAAAAAGUCAUAUUGAGAAAGUUAUCUCUUUUAAAUAAUAAUUGUGCUCAUAAUGUAUUUUAUAUUUAACUGUUAUGUGUGUCAAUUGAAUGAUUGAUCAGAAUGUGUUUUAGAUAUUUUGAUACAACUUUACCAUUGGCGAAAUAGAUAGAAGUGUAUGUUCAUUUUAUAUUUAAACAGUAUUACUUCUUGUAAGCGAGAGUAAUGCAUAUGUAGCAUAUUAACCCUUGUCCAACCAGAACCAGGUCAUUUUGACUUAGCAUUGGGAAGUUGGUUGUAAUU